AUGACCAGAUUCAAUAAAGAAAGACUUCAGAUUCCCGAUCUACAUAUUACAGCUGCGGUCUCAGCUUUGACAUACGCUAUAAGAUGUGAAGCAUUCAAGAUGUCUUUGUCAAAAACCUCCCUAAAGUCAGUAACUGACCUCCUAACUCGAGCUGAGAAAUACAUCAAUAUGGAAGAAACUCUAACCCCAAGAAAGGACGUUUUACCUUUGCUAAGGCCAGACAAUAAGAGACCGCGUGAAACCAAUCAACGAGAUGACAAUCCUCGGGUCAAGCAAAGACAAAACCCCCGACCGAAAACUUUUGCUCCCCUGAAUACAUCAAGGUCCAACAUCCUGAUGGAGAUCAAGGACCUCAAAGAGCUUAAGUGGCCUCCCAGAAUGCCAUCAUUACCUAAAAACAGAGACAGAACCAAGUAUUGUGACUUCCAUCGGGACCACGGACAUACCACUGAGAGGUGUUUGGCUCUGAAGCAACAAAUUGAGGUCCACAUCAGGAGGGGGUGUGGUAGUGAACCACCAACAACUGGCACUAUUGACGUUAUUAUCGGAGGAACAGCUUCAGGAGGAGACACCAACAAUGGACGUAAGAAGUACGCCAAACAGCUUCUAGUCUCUUCCAACACGGAUCUUGCUCAUACGGAAUAUAUCACCUUCGAGUCCAAGGAUUUGGAAGGAAUAUCCUUCCCCCAUGAUGACGCCCUAGUCAUAUCAGCCAUCAUAGCUAACUUCGAGGUCAAGAGAAUUCUUGUGGAUAAUGGAAGUGCAGCUAAUGUACUGUCUCAUGAAGCUUUAGUUCAGAUGGGUAUCUCAGUGAAACAACUCAAGCCUGUUAAAACACACCUACAAGGAUUUGGUGGUGGGGUUAUCACCCCUGAAGGUAUUGUUGAAUUACCCAUGACUUUGGGAUCUGAAGGUCGGCUGGUAACCCAUAUCGUAACUUUCGAAGUUGUCCGAACUCCGAUGGCCUACAACGCCAUUCUAGGAAGACCGUUGCUAAAUAAAAUUAGAGCUGUUAUCUCAACUUUUCACCUGGCGAUGAAGUUCCCUACAUAUAGUGGAGUUGGGGUCGUCCGAGGAAGCCAAACCAUGGCUCGCCAGUGUUAUGUGAACAGUGUCCGAAAAAUAAAAGGACGACGUCAUGCAGCUUACAGAGCUCGAGCUCGAGCUUGA